AAAGCGAACUAUCAUUAUGCUAGGCAACGAGACGUGGACGGCUAAACAGUGGGGAGAGCGUUUACUCACCUAUCUACAGCUGUGCGAUUGGGGCCUACCAGAGUCACCUGGCGAGGCGGCAAGUCAACAAUCGAGUAUUUCAUCAAAUGGAAAGGGUACCGAAACCAGUUCGAUAGCUGGUACCCUAGAAACACAUGGAGAGAAACAGCGUCGGACCUCGUCACGAAAUUUGAGCAUGACAACCCAAUACAGCCAGAGGAGCUCAAGCCACCACGCGCCGGUAAGGCAAAAACCUCUUAACCAAGACUGACGACAACGAGUCAGACUUCCCUAACGACCUUACCAAAGACGAAGAUGAGGACGAGGACAACGACCAGAAAAUGAACAUGAUAGAGACGAACAAAACAAGACCAAUCGAUGAGAUCGUUUUGGAGUUCCCAUUAAGGGACAGCAAAGAAGCUAUCGUAGGACCUGCCUGAGGGCAGGCAGGAAUCUUGAAAGAAAGGCAGAUGUUACAAUGUUGCGUAAUUAGUGCACGG